UGCCAUUUUUGCCGGGGGUAUAGAAGACCCGUCAUGAGCCGUAGCCUCACUUUUUUAGGUCUCGCCGCGCUCGCUCUCCUCCUUUCUCAAUUGGCCAAGGAGAACCAUUUUGCCUCUCUAUUUGCAAAAAGGAAAAGGGAAUGCUGAUGGGCGUUGUUUUAUUGAAACAGUAGGCCUACUACGCCUUGUCAAUUAGUCGCUCAGUUUUGACUCAAUCAAAUUGUCGAGGAAGGGCGCUGCCUGCAUGUCAUCAAAAGAGAUUUGGGUGAGCCAGACAUAAUUGUCAGGGAGCUAUUGUGGCCUGGGGGCUAUCUAAAAUUGAUUGAUUUGGUUCUUGAGGACCAACAGAUGGAGUUCGUCAGCCCUGAAGGUCUUCGUUUAGAUGGUCGUCGUCCCAUGGAAAUGAGGCAAAUUCGAGCAGAGAUUGGUGUUGUAGCCAAAGCCGACGGUUCUGCUAUGUUUGAGAUGGGUAACACCAAAGUUGUUGCUGCUGUUUAUGGCCCUAGAGAGGUCCAAAAUAGGAGCCAACAACUGAAUGCCAAUGCGUUGGUGCGAUGUGAAUACACCAUGGCAAAUUUUAGUACCGGAGAUCGGAUGAGAAAACCGAAGGGUGAUAGGAGAUCCACAGAGAUAUCUCUAGUUAUUCGCCAAACCAUGGAAGAAUGCAUUUUGACAAACUUAAUGCCUCGGUCUCAGAUAGACAUUUUUGUGCAAGUUCUCCAAGCAGAUGGAGGAACUAGAUCUGCAUGUAUCAAUGCUGCAACCCUGGCCCUUGCAGACGCUGGAAUUCCAAUGCGGGAUAUCGUUACUUCGUGCAGUGCUGGGUACCUUAAUAGCACACCUCUACUCGAUUUAAACUAUAUAGAAGAUAGUGCUGGAGGCACUGAUGUCACUUUAGGAAUUAUGCCGAAGUUGGACAAAGUGACUCUUCUUCAGAUGGAUGCUAAGUUGUCGUUGGAUACUUUUGAAAAUGUAAUGCAACUUGCAAUCGAAGGCUGCAAGGCAGUUGCAGAUUACAUUAGAGAAAUAUUAUUGGAGAACACAAAGCAAUUGCAGUAUCGUCGAGGAACAUAGUUUCAUAGCAUGGUAAGGCUGGCUACUCUGUAGAUGUGGUGUACUCUAUGAAAGCAAGCUUGGAAGUGGACCACACUUGGUUGCUGCUUUGGAUUUUGAAAAUAGUAACACGGCGGAAAUUGGUUAAUUUCAAUGACUGAAAAAUCUAAAAAAUUGGUGAAAUAUCGCCAAUAAUUUUGUUUUUUCAUGUAGUGAUAUUUAACUGACCUACCAAGUUGAUAUUAUGCGAUUUUCUCAAAA